AUGGAUAAAUAUGAUGUAAUUAAAAUGAUUGGAGAAGGAGCCUUUGGGAAAGCAUUCUUGGCCAAAGGAAAGGCAGAUAACCAGCAAUGUGUUAUAAAGGAAAUCAAUUUAACAAAGAUGCCUUAUCGAGAAAAAGAAGCUUCCAAGAAAGAAGUUAUUCUUUUGGCAAAGAUGAAACAUCCAAAUAUUGUACAAUUCUUCACAUCUCUUCAAGAGAUGAAUAAAUUAUACAUUGUGAUGGAGUAUUGUGAUGGAGGAGAUCUGAUGAAAAGAAUCAGUAGGCAACAUGGAGUCCUCUUUGAUGAAGACCAGAUUCUGGGUUGGUUUGUGCAGAUCUCCCUGGGAUUGAAACAUAUUCAUGACAGGAAGAUCUUACACAGAGACAUAAAAACACAGAACAUUUUUCUUAGCAACAAUGAGAUGGUUGCAAAGCUUGGGGACUUUGGCAUAGCAAGAGUAUUGAACAACACAAUGGAAUUUGCUCAGACGUGUGUUGGAACACCUUAUUAUCUGUCUCCAGAGAUCUGUCAAAAUAAGCCUUACAACAACAAAACGGAUAUUUGGUCUCUUGGCUGUGUCUUAUAUGAGCUGUGCACUUUAAGGCAUCCUUUUGAAGGGGCCAGCCUACACCAGCUGGUGCUCAAGAUUUGCCGAGCACGCUUUGACCCCAUCUCUCCAAGGUUUUCUUCUGACCUACAGACUCUAAUAACUCAGCUUUUUAAAAUAUCUCCUCGAGAUCGGCCAUCAGUUAAUUCCAUCUUGAAAAAGCCUUUCCUGGAGAAGCUCAUUGCCAAAUAUUUGGCUCCUGCGGUAAUGCAAGAAGAAUUCAGCCACACAAUAAUGCAUAGAAAGAGACCACCAGCUGCACAACCUUUCACUAAUCAGGUCCAAGGUCCAAUAAUGCAGAAAAAGAGAUUCCAGGGAAAUCAUCCACCAAAAUCUAAGAUCCUGAUGCCUUCUAAGAGACAGAAAUUGUUACCUAGAAAACAGUGGAUACCUCCUAGCACUCAGAAGCCAGUACUGCAUCAAAGCCCCCAGAAGAAGGUGGUAGGGAAGCCAGUAGUUGCUCCAGGUUGCAGACUUUAUGGCCAUUUUUAUGCUCAGUUGGACAUCUUAGAGAAGAGAGCUUAUGAUCCAAGGUAUCAGUAUGUUUCUGAAAUCGACAGAAGAGUCGAUAGAUAUUAUAAACAGAAAGAAGGCUAUGCUUCACCUCCAUCUCAAUGGCCCGCUGAGUACCUUCAGAGGAGAUUGGAAGCUCAACAAUAUAAACUGAAAGUGGAAAAACAAUUGGGUCUUCGUCCAUCUUCAGCUGAGCCAAACAACCAAUUACAAGUUGAGGAAAGAAAGAGAGAACAGCCCAAAUUCCAGGAUCUACAGCUUAAGAGGAAUGAAAUUAAGCAAGAGGAAUAUCGGAAACAGUUAGAGGAAAUACGCCAGCAGUACCACAAUGACAUGAAAGCUAUUAGAAGGAAAGUUGGAAGAGGACUUGAGGAGGAUUCAAAUCUCAGUCAUAAGACUUAUUUCGUGAAGCAGAGAAACACACAUACUCACCAGGAUGAACCCGAGGAGGACACUGAAAGAAAAUUGGAACAAAUCAGGCUACAGAGCAAACAGGAAAGGAAAAUGCUAGAACAGAAAUAUAAGGUUAAGGGAGGUAUAAAGUUUGAAAUAAAUUUAAACAAAUGCAUUACUGAUGAAAACACCGUACAAGGGGAGGAGGAAAUAGAUGCACUGAAUGAAACAUUGACUUUUGAGGAUGGUAUGAAGCUUAAGGAAAAUAAGCUUAUAAAGGAAGGUGAAGAUGAUACGGACCAAAAUUUUGAAAAAAUAUAUUGUCCAGAAACAGCUGCUGACAAGCAGGACGUUGUUCCUGGAGAAAAGAGGCGGCACUGGAGUGUCCGAGCGCCUCGGACACUGCUACAGAGAAUAGAGAAGGCAGACAUCACCUCGGCCUGCUCGUCCACUGCUGGAGAUGGCCAGGUUAUUAUAACUGAAGACAGUUCAGAAAAUAGGAAACAAUGGAAACACGAAUCACCAGGGACACUAAUGAAUAUGUUAGCAGCGGCAGAGCUGGCCACUGACUCCUUUUCUGCAAAUGAACAAGAAUUUGUGGAAUCAUUAAAGCAGUGGCUUCCUAGUGAUGAACUGGAGGGGAAGGUGGAACCAACCUCUGAUACUGAUAUGGAUGAUGAACAAGUGGAGUCCAGAUCUGAUGAUGAUGACACAAAUUUUGAAGAAUCCGAAGAUGAGUUGAGAAAUGAAGUGGUGGAAUCUCUGGAAAAACUUGCAAUUUCCAAAGAGGAAGAAGAGGAAGAAGAGAGGUCAGAUCACUCAAAGGAGGGAGAAAAGUCAGAAGGAGACAGUGUGAGUGACCAGAUAUCAGAGACACGAAAUGCACCUUUAGAAGAGACUUGCAUUCCAUCUAAUGCCAAGAUCUAUGUUGUAGAUGAAGAACAAGAAGGAACAGUUAACCCAAAUACAUAA